GACCGGACUUUAGAAAGAAGCCGUGUAAGAUAAGGAAUAUAUGAGGGUGAAAGGCAGAGAGAGAAAAAUAUUCUCUUUAGCCUAGCUUCCAUGGUAUAUGGAAUUUUCUCCGAAGAUUCAAUCAUGGGUGAGCAAAAUCUCUGUAAAAACCAAACAAAGUUGGAGUUUAGAGGGCUGAAACCAAAUCCUCCUCUAGGUUCACUUUGUUUUCUGGGAAAGUUUUGAGUAAGCUAGGGAAACAUCUCUCUAUCAUCAGCAAAUCUUUUGUUUUCUUAUUCCUCUUGGGUUGGUAUAUAUAUAGCAUAUAUUACCCUCUCAGCUUUUGAGUUAGUUCCUCUAGGUCUCUGUAACUUCUGUUUACUAUCUACUUUUAGACAAACCCACCAAGGUAGCUUCAAACUCAGUUGCACAAUGAUGUCCGAUGAUGGGUUUUCUUCAGUUCCUUCUUCUAUUACAGGGUCCAUUAUUCCAGAGCCAAACCCUAACCCUGGCUCUAGUUCAAAUCAAGCAAAGAGAAAGAGAAAUCUCCCAGGAACACCAGAUCCAGAUGCAGAAGUGAUAGCUUUGUCUCCAAAGUCUCUAAUGGCGACGAAUCGAUUCAUAUGCGAAAUAUGCAACAAGGGUUUUCAGAGAGACCAGAAUUUGCAGCUACACAGAAGAGGUCACAAUCUGCCAUGGAAGCUCAAGCAAAGAACCAACAAGGAGGUGAUCAGAAAGAAAGUGUACAUAUGCCCGGAGAAGAGCUGCAUCCACCACGAUCCGGCGAGAGCUCUCGGAGACCUCACCGGAAUAAAGAAGCAUUACAGCAGAAAGCAUGGAGAGAAGAAGUGGAAGUGUGAGAAAUGUUCCAAGAAAUAUGCAGUUCAGUCGGAUUGGAAGGCUCAUAGUAAGAUUUGUGGGACUAGAGAGUACAAAUGUGACUGUGGAACACUCUUCUCUAGAAAGGACAGCUUCAUCACCCAUAGGGCCUUCUGUGAUGCAUUAGCUGAAGAAAGUGCAAGGUUCGCUUCAAUUCCACCAGCAAAUCUAAACUUCAGAAAUGAAUUGCUUAAUGGAGCACUUGGUAAUCCUCAAUCCGUUGGGAAUCCACAAAUUCCGUCAGUUUUUCGGCCGGAAUUCACCGGCCUAGAAUUGCCCGGCCAACUCAUUAAUGAUGGGCAGAAAUCUAAACUACCACUGUGGUUGGACAAUGCCAAUUCUCAUCAAAACCCCAUCCGAAUUCCAGGUAAUUCUAAUGCUUUCUUAACAUCAAGCUGCACCGGCUUGCCGGAAAUGGCUCAAAUGGCGCCGGCAAAUAUGUUGGGAUUGUCACCAGAGACCCAGUGGUUCAAUAGGAGCCAAGAAGCUUCAUUCACAGGUGCAAAUCUUUUGUCUCCAGCAAUGCCACGAGUAUUGAAAGAGGAAGAAGAGGACAAACGAAAUUUGUCGAACACUAUGAGCUCAUUGUAUUACAGUAGUCAGAAUCACCAUGAAACAACACCAGCUCAAAUGUCUGCUACUGCCCUUUUGCAGAAAGCAGCCCAAAUGGGUUCAACAAGAAGCAAUUCAUCAGCACUAUUUGGCACUGGGUUUGGACUCAUGAUGACCUCAUCUCUCUCCGGUCUUUCCAACUUCAAUCCUUUGAACCCAAGUGGAAAUCAAGUUCAAAAAGCCGAGAACUUGAAUGUAUUUCUGAAUUCUAAAUCUGGUUCAUCACGAGACAGAAACAGUGGAGAUGGGUUUUUGUUGGGUCAAUUGAACUCGAGCUCAUUUGUGGAUGGCACUAAGAAUUUAGACCACCCUCUCAUGAUUACUCCAUCAACUAAUGGGAACCAAAGCAAAUCAAAAGGCAAUGAAGUUGAAGGUCGUCUGACCAGAGAUUUUCUGGGUGUAGGAGUGAAUGAAAGCAGACGGUUCUUCCAACAAGAUCAGCUGGCCAACAUUGCUUCAUUAGGUGCAGCCAUGAACUUAAGCCACCAGUACAAUAAAAGCGACUGACCUCCCUCCAUGGGUAGCUUAUAAGUAAUUUUGAACAUCAUAUUCCUGAUAGCCCGAAGGAAGGGUGGGUCUUGUUGCAAUGGAGUAGUUGCUUAUUAGAGGCGCAGAAAUAAACUCGCCAUAUGAGGGAUAAGAAUGACUAGUUCGACCUUCUCAAAUCUUGCAGUAAUAGGAGUCUUACUCUUUUCAGAUCUUAUAGUAGAAAUAACCUUGUGCAAUCGACCAUCCAUUUCCGUGUUCAAAAAAAAAAAAAAUUAGACCACCCAUAUUUAGAAUUAUGUACGUUAGCUACAAAAGAGAGUGAGAUAGUAGAUUAGAGAAGAGAGAGAGAGAGAGAUUGUGAACUGUCAGAGGGAGGGGGGAGGGGGCGAGGGGCUGCAGUCUGGAAGAAACUUGACAAAAAGAGAUCGAGUUGGCAAUCACAAGGAAAGGUGUUCGAAUACUGCAUCAGUGCAUUUAGAAAGUUUUGUGCUUUUUAUUGUUUUUUUCUAGGAGUGAUGGUCUACUUACUGUGAGCCUGUGACUCUUUUGAGUCCACAGCUAAAGUGGACACGAUGGAUUAAGGAGGUAUUGGUAUCAAGUACGGACCUCCUUGAUAUGACCCCUGAGCUGCUGGAUUGCCCAAAACCCAACCAUGAAGAUGAUGGUUGCCAAUAAUGUAGUCAUCGUUCAGAUUGCUAGACAUUUUUCAGUUUCUGUCUCGACAUUCCAAAUUCUCAAGUUUGGUUUGAUUUGGUUUUUUUUUGGUAGGUGAUCUGUAUGUUAAUUUUGACUCGAAUGUUACAUAAAUUAUUGGUUGAAAAAAAAAUACACGCGUG